CAGUUGCUUUAGUUUCGUUUCACUGCUGUUGGUGUUGGUCCUUUCUUUCCCAGGAAAGAAACGCAUCUGAAAAACUGAAGCUGUGAGAACAGCUCGCACUUGAAGACACAAGCAACGAACCAACGUUGGUGCAUUCAGCAUUGAACCAAGGACAAAAAUCCCCUGGUCAUUUCCAGAAACAUCUCUCUUAGAGGAAUAUACUUGUAUAUUUCGUACUGGGUUUGUAGUUUUCCGCCAUGGAAGGCUAAAUUCCCUCGAAGGGGAUGUCCGAAUGAGGGGGGAGGUUUGAUCUCACAUACCCAGGGCCGUGUGUGUGAUUUAGUUGUGUACUCACUAUGUUAGCGUUAUUUCCUGAUGAUUCAUGUAUCCCGUUGGUUAUGUAUGAGUGGUUAGUGUGUGUGUCUCACUCAAGGACAUACGUUAUGUCUGAGCAUUUGGCAUAUGCGGAUCCAGGAUGAUCGUUUGAGAGGAGUACUCUUUCAGUUUUUACAUUACACAUUCAUCAUUUUGGAUUGUCACACCAGUUUCGCCAUUCAGAGGGCUUCUGUAUUGCUCAGAAUCUGGAAUUUUCUUCUGAUGUAAUGGAAUGACCACAUGUCUCCUGAGGAAGUUAAAUGGUCCAAUUCCACAAGCUAGUGCUUGGUCGAUCCACCAUGGAGACAAGUUCAACAUGAGGGGAAUAGUUUCGAUGAUGAUGGAUGGGUUGUUUCAGUUUCUAAACAAGAACGGAAAGGAACCUCCAUUACAUUUUUUUGUUCGUUUUCCUACUUUGCAAAUACAUUCGAGUGAACCCAUGUCUCAUCCGUGGCUUUAUCAAGCCCCUACUGCUUUCCUCUUCUACCUCUUUGGUCUAGUUUAACUAUCUGUUUCUCAUGAGUUAAGUUUGAGGUAUAAUGGGGUAGUCCCUUUAAAUCCUCUAGGACUUGUCAUACAUUACUUUUGAAUGAAAGCCUAAUUGUGUGUGUGUGUGUGUAUGUGUGUGUAUGUGUGUGUGAGAUCUCCUGGGUAUUGUCAAACCUCCCCCCUAAGGAGGGCAUCCUUUCUUGUCUUUAAAUCUUUCCUACUAAAUAUAAAAAUUCACAAAGAUUUUAAAAUGACAACUCUGCCACCACAACUCCAAAACAACCCGUUUCUUAUGGCCCUGUGUCGUAACGGCGCCUCGGCUGACCUUCAGUACGACAACUCCUCAGAGCUGUUCCGCUUCUCCACGUUUGCCCGUUUCCCAGCAUCGGGGGUGACUGAGAGGAGCCUGGCGCGGGCAGGCUGGUUCUACACGGGCGUGGGGGACCGGGUGCAGUGUUUCAGGUGUAACGUGACCAUGGAAGGCUGGCAGGCCGGAGACUGUCCCACAGAGCGACACCGGCAGCUCUCCCCCUCCUGCUCCUUCAUCCAGAGCCUCCCCUCCACAGCCAACCUGCUCUCCUCCUCCCACUCCGCCUUCUCCCCACUCCGCAGUGCCCAAGCCAUACCGGUGUCUGGCCCAGGUCCGGCCCCCGUCCCAGCUCCGAACCCCCCCACGGCAAGCCAGGGGGAGGAGGUGGUGGGCUAUCUCAACAUGGGCUUCUCCGCGCCUCCCCCCUCCAGCCCACUGAGCUCCAGGGGGGUGGAGGACAUGUCCCAUCAGAGACCCCCCACCUGCCACAACCCCAGCAUGCGCAGGGAGCAGGACCGCCUAGACUCCUUCAACACCUGGGUCCUCUCCACCAUCACGCCCAGCGAGCUGGCCAAGGCUGGUUUCUACUACUUGGGCAUGGGAGACAGGGUGGCCUGCUUCACCUGCGGAGGACAGCUAAGCAACUGGGAGCCUGGCGACCGUGCCGUGUCGGAGCACCAGAGGCACUACCCCAACUGCCGCUUCGUUCGAGGGGACCGCGCUGACAACGUGUCCCUGGCAGGGGUGGCCGGGGCUGGGCCGGCAGGGGCCCCCGUUGCCCUCAGCAACGUGUCCAACCCAGCCAUGCAGCAGAGCGAGGAGAGGCUGCUCACCUUCGUCAACUGGCCUUCUCGUAUCCCCGUGCGGCCCGACCAGUUGGCCAAGGCUGGCUUCUACUACGUUGGUCGCAACGAUGACGUGAAGUGUUUCUGCUGUGACGGAGGCCUGCGAUGCUGGGAGUCUGGGGACGACCCCUGGGUGGAACAUGCCAAAUGGUUUCCAAGGUGUGAGUACUUGCUCCAGGAGAAAGGCCAGGAGUUUGUUCAACAGAUCCAGGCUCGUUUCCCAAGGCUGUUUGAGCAGCUUCUCACCAACGGAGACAGCAGCUCCAGAGAGUUUGUGGAUCCACCAGUGGUCCACCUGGGUCCAGGCGAGGAGCGGUCAGAGGACGCGGUCAUGAUGAACACCCCGGUUGUGCUCUCGGCCCUGGAGAUGGGCUUCGACCGCAGCGUGGUCAAGCAGACGGUCCAGAGCAAGAUCCUGACCAGCGGGGAGAACUACAAGACGGUGCAGGAGCUGGUGUCCGACGUGCUGUGCGCCGUGGAGCAGAAGAAGGAGGAGGAGAAGGAAAUGCUGGCCGAGGCCAUGGCAUCCGAUGGUUUCACCUUCCUAAAGAGACACCAGACAGCAUUGGUUCAGCGCCUGAAGAGCGUCGAGUCAGUGUUGGAGCACCUGAAAGAGCAGAAUGUGAUAACUGCGGAACAGUACGCCGACCUGCAGAGCCAGACCACUCCCCAGCUGCAGACGGCCAAGCUCAUCGAGCUGGUGCUCGCCAAGGGCAACGCCGCCGCCGAGGUCUUCAGGAACUGGAUCCAGAAGAAUGACGUGCUCCUGCUCAGAGACCUCAUGGCCCAGACAAAUGAAGCUGCAUCACCGAGUCAAGAUCUCUCAGACCUGCCCAUGGAAGAGCAGCUACGAAGGCUGCAGGAGGAGCGGACCUGCAAGGUGUGCAUGGACAAGGAAGUCAACAUCGUGUUCAUCCCCUGCGGACACCUGGUGGUGUGCAAGGAGUGCGCUCCCUCGCUGCGAAAGUGCCCCAUCUGCCGGGGCCUGGUGAAGGGAACCGUGCGCACCUUUCUCUCCUAGAUAAUAAAGAGCCACACCCAAACUAUACGGCUGGUUGCUUGCGUUGCAGCAGCUCCUAGAACUGCUCGAUGUUCUAACUAGACAUAUGUUAACUGUAAAUCCCCAUGGGUCACUAUCAUAUGAUCAUCUCUGAUGUUAUUGUAUUUAAUAAAGUGAAAGACAAACACUG